GCGAGGGAGUGUUGUGUCGUUCGAUACGCGAAGUGACGAUUCCGAAAUGUUUAUGUUCAGUGGGUGUUUAACUUUAUCGUGUUGGAUGUUUUGAAUUUGGAACUUUCGAAGGGUCCGCUUACCUGACCUGAAGAUUUAGCAGGUCCGGUUAAAUAAGAAGCUACUGCCUGUGUGAACUUCCGACUCCUGAAGGGAAAACCAGCCGAAUACAGAUUGUUUCUGUUGCCGUGAACUGACGGGUGCUUAAAAAUUGAUUAAACGAAAAUGGAGCCUCGACUCACUGGAAUAAUGUACAUCGUGAUCACUUUCGCGCUCGUCAACGAAAUGUCAAUUAACGUCCACGCCAGGGACAACAAUAACAAGAGGCGCACGAAGGAAAAAACUGGAGGUUUCCAGAAAAAUAUCUGCGACAUCACAGAUCGCGACUCUAAAGUCCACUGCUACUGCGAAAAUGCAAGAGAACCCAGGAACGCAACCAAAGCGGAAUGCUGGGUAUUCAAUGGAGGGAUACCUCGCGACGAUCUCAUCUGGCAGAGUUUCGCGUCGCAACCAACUUUGCAAACUUUGUCUUUUAAUGUCCGCGUCGAUGGCGCUUUAGGCUACGUGCCCACGAAAGCGCUGUAUUACUUACAAAAACUUCGCUCCAUUAAUAUCAAAUACGGAAAUAUAGUCGAGAUCACAUCGUUCUCAUUUGCAAAUUUAACGAAUCUCAAAGAAGUGAUGUUAUCCCAAAAUCAAAUCGAAACUCUUCAACCGUAUGCUUUUGCUCAUUUACCGAAUAUAACUACGAUAAAUUUGGAAGAUAAUAUGAUUAUAGAAAUUGCAACGCUGUCGUUCUACGACUUACCGAAACUUCAGAAGCUUGUUUUUACAAAGAAUAACAUAUCGUCUAUUAAAGACGGAGCAUUUCAACACACGUUCAAUCUGCUGGAAUUGGACCUGAAUAAAAACAACAUAUUCCAUUUGAACCGUCGCACGUUUGAUGGAUUGGCUAACUUGAGGAAAUUGGAUCUGAGGAGGAACCGCAUUUACAAUCUGACCGAGUUCACGUUCGCCGAACUAUGGAAUUUGCAGGAGUUGUUACUAGGCAAGAACGAUUUGAAGUUUAUUUCUGAAAGGGCUUUCGACGGGUUGUCCCAACUCCGAAAGUUGUCCCUUGAUGAUAAUAAACUGGCUUCACUCCCCAAGGGGCUGUUCGAAGGGGUGAGGGGUCUCAGCUCCCUGGAUUUGCGUUCCAACGAACUACACGCAUUAACUUUCGACAAUAUUAAGCCCAUAUUGGACAACUUGAAGCCGCAGAACAGCAAUUUGCUUUUGGAAGAAAAUAACUUCGUCUGCGACUGCCGACUGAAGUGGAUGCAUGUUCUUCGAAAUGACACGAAGAGUCAGAGUACAAAGGAAUCUCUGGAAAGCGUCACUUGCAAGUCGGAUCCACCCAUUGUUAGUUCAGCGUAUAAUAAGUUUGAGCCCAUUGACAACAAGCUCGAGUACAACCAAGACAUUUUGCAUCCUGGAAUAUCUAUUGAAACUCAAAACGCUAAGAAUAAUUCUACAGAGAGAAAAUUAGAAGAACUGAAAGAGCACGGACUGAAUGAUAUGGAAGGUAAGAAAGGAAUAAAGAGGAAUGUCUUGAAGAUUCCACCUGAAAACUUGCCUUGUCCAAGAGAAGAGGUGACAACGGAAAUACCUCCCAAUGUUAUAGACCCGAUUGUUCCAAUUCAAAACGAAAUGAAAACCUACAGGUAUGAAGGUCCGAAUUCAUCAAUCAACUUAUUUCUGAACAAUAUAGUCUUAAUAUGGAGUUGCUUCGCAUUUUUCUUCACUUAGGUAUCGUAAGUCAAUUUGUGAAUCUAGUCAUUAGUGAUAAGUGACAGACUUUCUAUUCUAAAUGCUUUGAAACUGUCUGAACAAAUUACGAAAGUGAUUUUAGUGACUGAAAGCUUGUGAAAUUACAAAACAUUUAUAAGUUGAAGCUAAUGAUUAAAAGCUAAAAUUCAUGAUACACUUUAAGUAAAAUAGUUAUUUCAGGAGUAGACCACUUACAUGUUAAAGCACUUAAAAAUUAACGCAAAUAAAUGUGAAUAUAGAGACUCAGUACCUAAUCACCGUAAAAAAUGAAUGUUGUAAAUUUACCAACUUUAAUAUUAAGUAGGUAGAGAUAUUUAAGGUUUAGUUCAUUCUACGAUCAUUGUAAAAUCUUGUGUGUUGUUCUAUUAUGAGCUUUCUAAUCAUACUAAGUUGUUCACCUUUAUAAGAAGGCUCACUGACUGUUUGUAAUGUUUAGUGUGUUAUAUCACUAUAUUUUAAAUAUUUUGAUUCUGAUGUUGAAACCUAUUUUCAAUGUAAUUCGAAAUUAAAAUUUGUCCCGACAGAGAUACCUACAGAAUGGAUAAUUCAUUAAUUCAAAGAUUUGCAAACAAUCACUCACUUAUCUAAAAUUAAAAGUUUCAACAGCAUAAUAACUACUUUUGAAUAAAAUUUACACGUUUAGUAAAUAAAAGACUACAUUUAUAACUGUAGACAAAUUGGCGCCCAGCAAGGGACUAAAAUAAUAAUAGGUACUUACGGCAUCACAUGCAUUGCCAUUGCACGCAUCGUAUUAAUUUAUAAUCACUAUCUAUAACGUUGUAUAAAAUAUUUUGACAAGGUGUUUUUGUAUAAAAUAAAUAAUUGUGUAAUUUUU